AGAAAGAAUAUAAUAAUGAUAACAUUUCGGUUCUUUUUGCAGCACUAUACCUAUUGCAACUUUUAUAAAAUAAAGGUUUUUUUUCGAGAAAAAAAAAGCUAAAUCGUUGCACCAACUAGCUCGGAUGUUGCUAUGGUUACCAACAACACUUCAUGUGUCCGUUUGGAGUUUACCGUCCAAAGUCCAAAAUCAAGGUUUACUCACAAAAGUUACCAUGGAGGUUGGAAAGAAGUUAGAGUUAAGCAUAACAGCAGAUGAAGUUGAGGUCCUUUCCAAAGCUAUAAAAAAUGAAAAAUUCCAGGAAAUGCUGAGCAACUACUUUCAAGAAAUCUCCAGUCCUGAGAAUGUGAAAACCUAUCAAGAGGAGGUGACCCUUCUAGAGCAAAAGAGAGGAAACAGCAUCGAGUUCAUCCACCCGUCUCCAUUCAGAGCUCUGGAGACCAGCGUGGAUGGAAAGCAGAGGUGCUUCAUCAACAUCUGCGCUUGUGACAAAGUGGGAAAGCCUGAAUCAAAAACUGUUCGAACGGUCCAGAGAUUUGGAGAAAAGUGGUCCCUGCCUCACCUUCUGCAACCCGGGAGGCAAAAUUGUGAACGUAAAGGAAACAUCUCCACCAUCUACGAUGUUUGUUUCCAUCCUGAGACGCUUCAUCUCGCAGACAAAAGCGAGAAGUUCAUGGACAUGGUGAAGGAAGUUGCAAUCCAGGGAAUCCAGAAGGCUUUUAAAGUGUUGCUGGACAAAAGCAACUUAAAAGAGAUGGAUAUAAAAUACAAAGGAGUCCCACAGUCCUGUGUGAUCCGUAAGCCCAUACCUGGGUAUGAGGCAAAGGAGCCGCCCGAGGAGCGAGAUCUUUCCCCAUCAACCUCUCAUCUACCAGAAAACAGCAUUGAUGUUCCAUCAAAACUCCUCCAGAAACAACCAGAAGAGCCAAUCAAGCCAAUUUACGCAAUUAAAUAUCGUUCUGUUAUUGAUUUGCAGGACUUUAGGGUCUCUAGGGAGUCUGCCCGGAGCCUGAGGCCUAAAGAGAUUGUGAUUACCAUCGAUCUGCCACUCCUGCCAACGGUCCAUGGCAUGGUUCUUGAAGUAGAAGAAAAGAGGCUGCUGUUAGAGUCUGAGAACCCGUCAUACAGGCUGGAGCUGCAUUUAUCUUACCCUGUAGAUGAGAACAAUGGAAAAGCCAAGUUUAACAAGCAUCAAAGACAGCUUACAGUCACACUGCCUGUUCAGCCUCCUCUUGAGGCUCCUCAGCUUCCUGGUGGGUCUCCAAACCCCACCUCUGAUCCUCAGAAUGAAAAUCAAACACGGGUGGAGGAGCGCGUGGAAGAAAUGGCAGAGAAAGGAGGAGAGCAGCGCCAAAGAGGGAAUGACAAUGGUGCUGCACAGGGAAGACGUCAGGUGUUGGAAGAUCAAAAUGGGGAAAAGGAGGGCAAAAAAAUUCAAAAAAGAAAUGAGAGGCCAGAGCAUGAGGUGAAAAACGAGACAUUACGAAAGAAGCAUGAUGAGAAGUUUGAAUUACAAGAUGUGCAACAAGAAAACAAAGGAAACUGCAGCAACACAAAGGAGGUCAAGUGUUGCAGGAGGACCAAAGAUUCUCUUGAUUCCUUGAUCCCAACAACAGCAGCUUCACCAGACGGCCAAAAGAAGCACAUUUUGACCCAGGAGACCGAAAAGCCAAAAGGAAGUGUGGAGAUUCCCACUUCUAGCCAGGAAUACCUCAAAGUGCCCGUCACAUCAGCUGCAACAGCUGCAAACGUCAACGCUUCAGAUGAAACUUCGAAGAGGAAACCUACAGAAGAGCAGCUGGAAGACGCUGAUGAAGAUGUUCUACCAGCUGAGCAACGCUUCCAAGAGCCGGAGGAGAUCAACGUUCCAGCUGCAGGAACUCUGAGGCAGAACAACGCGGCAGGAAAUGAGAAGAUCAAUGAUCCUCACACAUCUGCCGGGUUUGUCCUCCAAAACAAACUCAUGUAUGAGCUGGACUGAUGAGCUUUUUGGAAACCACCACUUACCAACUCAAACAUAUCUGAGCUGUUAUAUACUGUUUGAGUCAAGCAUGAAAAAAAGAAGCAAUUUAAGACAAGACCACGAACACUUUUAUUUCAUUUUUAAACAUUUAUAAAAAAAAUAUAACGGAUCGACUGUUUUUAGCAUUUACUCAAUAAACUCUUAGGCACUGUG